AACAUUUUUCUGAGGCAGACAUAGAAUGACUUCGCAGUGAUGAAGAGAACCUCUGUCAGAACCGAGUCCCAGUCAGGACGACAGGCCAAGAAAACAAACAGCUACGGUCCAAGUAAAAUUCCUCAGUAUUUUCCUGGUGAAAAGAAAAAGACAAAAGUGGUCCCAGACUUCGGCAAACUUCACGAGAAAUGGCAGAAACAAUUAGAAGUCGGCAAAAUUUGUAACAAGAAACCACAGACAGUGCCAACAGAAUUUAAGCUGAGCAAAAGCAACAAAGCUGAUCCACCUAACAAUGCAAAGAAACAGUUGUUCUCGGAUGAAGAGUUUGAGGCAGAUCACAAGUCCUUGGAAGCCAUUCUCCGUGGGCUGCCCGGACGUGGAAUUGCUUCACGAAGAGCAACCACAGCAACAGGAAGAGAUGUGAAGAGAAGCCAAAGUUGUAACAGCAUUGGAAGUAGGCGUGUACUUGGAGAGCUUCCAUUGGACCCAGAUCAAACGUCCAAAGCGAACAGACGUAGAAGUCGCAGUGCCAGAGCGGAGAUCCCUCUCAAGGUCCUGAAAGAGAGUGCUGAAGUUAAGUUUGAGCCAGAUCCCCAAGCCUUACGUAGCAUCAUUAGCAGCGAGGGUAUGACCCCGUCACGGGUAGCGGCUCCCAAGCGACAGACCACGACAGGGGCUGUCAUCAGACAAGAGAGGCCUUCAAUCUAUGAUGCAAUGACAAGUUCUCGACAUCUGAACUCUAAAUUCGCUGCAGUACAGAUGGCAAACAAGGCUUCAAAGGUCAUCCAUCCCAAGAACCGUCCCCCAAGCAGUCCUGUACAGAGAGCUACACAAGCUUGCCGAGACCCUCCCCAAAACAACCUUAGAAAACAGGUGGAGCAGCAACCCCAGUCACUGGCUGAGGAGUUUGAGGUGGAUCCUCAGUCAAUGAGAAAUAUCAUCAACAGUGAAGGACUGACCCCCGUCAGAGUUACUGCCCCUGUCAGAAAAACCCUGGGAGGACCAGUCAUAAGACAGGAAAGACCAUCAAUCUAUGACGCCAUGACAAGCUCAAGGAACUCAGUGUUUGGGAAUGUGAGAUUAUCUGAGUACAGAGCAGGUCCCAGGACUGGAAAACUAUUGAUAGGAGCAGCUUCAUCACCUGCACCGACUGUGUUUCCCCUAGGGAGGACCCCAGCUAAGGGCCCUGUGCCGGACCUCAUUAAAAGUGCCACCAAAAGUGAGGCAAGAAGGGUGCUAAGAAAUGAAUGUGGCAUUCUGGGAGAGGGACCAUCAAAGAAACCUGGAGAACAGAAACAUGUUAAAUGGGCAGAUGUGUUUGAGGAGUCCAUCACAGAAGAGAAGGACAAUGUCCAGAGGACGUUAUUCACUACUGUGGAGGAUUCUGAGGAAGAUGAUGAAUGUAAGGAGAAUAUCUGUCCUGUAACCAAACAACUCACUCCAGCUAAGACUGGUCAGCAGAGCACGGUCAAAUCAAUCCCACAAUACACUAGCACUGGUCAGUGGACCAUCAAUAAUGGACAGAAAACCGCUGAAGCUAAGGAAGUCCAAGUGUUGCCUAGUAACCUAAAUAACAAUAACAGCAAGAGUGUAGCUCAGACUAGUUCUGACCCAAAAACUGAGGGCUCGAGCGAGAUUUAUGGACUCGUGUCUCAUUUGAGCAAUGAUCUGGAGGUUGGUGGGGAAUCUCGGGGCUUUGCCAGCAGCACGGAUGGAACUGUUUACAAAAGAGGACUUUUUCCUUGCACUGCUGAUAAAGCAAAUUGUCACGAUGAAUCACCCCAUGUUUCUGAAGAUGUUUUACCAAUAUCAGGAGAUGGAAGCAGCAAUAGAGAGAGGGUGACUCAUUCCUGUGUUGUAGCACCACAAGCCUACAGUCGCCAGUAUGCUGGAGACACUCAAUGCUUUAGUAACUUGAGAAAUGCUACCUGUUCGGAAUUGCAAGGACUAAGAGCCGCAAAUCUUGAAUUCACAAAAAAUCUUGGAAACCGUUCCUCACAAGGAUUGCAAAAUUCCAAGGAAGGUCACUCUAUCCAAGGUUUGCAAAAUGUAGAAGGAAGCUUAGCUGAGAUCUCAAACCACAGGUUGCAGAAUCCCAAGGGAAAAUUUGCACACUUGCAGUCAAAAAAUGCUCAAGCAUCAUCUAAUGGUUUAGAGAGGAUAUUUGAACACAAAAAGGACAAUGGAGUUUUCAGAGAUGGGGCCCAGACACAGAAAAACUUGGAGACAGUGGAUCACACACUUGUUUCAUCAAAUGAGCUCAAUGCACAAAUAAUCAAAGAAAGUCAACCAACUUCUAGUAGAUCUCUUGAUCUUGUUAAAGAUUGCAGAGAACAAGGAAAACAUUAUGCCUGUAUAAAAAAUCUAGCACAAUGUGAUGAACAGAAUUUUAAUUCAGAGGCAGAAAAAAUCAGACAUUUUCCAAACUAUAUUGUAAGUAAGCAGCAAUUUCAGGAGCAUGGUGGUGAUGAUAAACAGUCUAAAGAAACAGUGGUUAGACCAUAUUCUGCAGGGUUAGGGGAUCAAUGCCAAGAAGGACAAUGUGAUGUCAGAAAACUGGUGAUAACUAAGGAAAUUCUGGUAGAGCAAAAAAGAGAACAGACCACCAUGGCCAUGUUUACAGAGACAGAACAGGAUGACAACAGUCAAGCUCCUUCAACAUCGACUCGAGAACAGGCCAGCAGUGGAGAGCGGACUCGGGACUCUGUGGGAAACUUUGUUGGGCGAGUCCAGAAAAACAAAAAGAGACAGAGCAUUGCUGAGCUCAAUGAGAGUAUAUCUGAGUCUAAUGUUCACAUGCAGAGUCUUUGUAAUCAGGCUCAGAGUCUGAGGAAUCAAUCGAAGAUGAGAAAAAACACAAACAUCAUGUACCAGCUAGAGCUGAUCAGAAAACAACAGGAAGAACUACUUAAACUGCAGAGGGAGCUCCAGCAACAACUUCAGAUGGAGGCUGAGUACCAAGAGGUCGAAGGUCACACAGAUAACCAGAGAGACGAGAGUGGGAAUUUUGCAUUGGAUGCGAAAGUCAGUGACUUGAUUUCAUCAUCUGAGCAGAUGCUGACUUUACAGAGUGAUGAACAAACUCAGAAUUUAGAAAGCAUUCAAGAGGAAGAAAGAAAUAAUAACAAUUAUGACUCGCCAUUUGUUGUGAAAUCACCUUUGAUUCCAUGUUCAAUACAGGAGAGUUUUUCAGUGUCACAGCCAUCAGGUCUACCCUUAGCUUCAAAUACACUACUUAGCACACCAAAGGCACCUCAUAUUUCAGACAUUGUUCAAAAGUCUUUGCUUACACCUAGGCUUAGCAAUCUUACUUGUGAUUCACAAAAUCGUUUUCCCUUUAUUCAGUCACCAAAACCAUUAAAACCAGCCCCACCUUCAAAGAGGGAAGGUGCUAAGUCACCCUCUCCUCCUCCAAUAUGGACUGCUAUGGCUCUUAAGAGUGAAGCUGAGCGCCACUCAACAUCAGAUCCUUCAACUCCCUCCACCAAGAGAAGACUCGAGCAGGAACCAGACUAUGCAAAAGCUGCUGACGAACCCAUGGACUUGAGUCUAAAAUCAUUGACUGAGACAAGUUUCAAUAGUUCUGCUGAACACCUUCCCUUGAAUAAAAGAAGUAUGACUUCUGAAAGCACUUUAUCUACUUCUUCCCCAAAACUUUUUCACUCACAAGACAUUGGGUCACUUUCGCUUAGAGCCAAUACACUGCAAUCUCAAAUUAUUUCCCAUAAUGUUCCAUCUUCCCAUCCCAGCAGCAGACAUUUUCAACCAACUCAGGAAAUCCCCCUGUAUAAAGAGGUGUUGUCAAUAGCAAAUGAGCAGAGGUAUCGUGAGGCCCUUUUAGACGAUGAGUGCGCUCGAUAUUGCUGUCGUUUACAGGCUGCUCAGUCCCUGGUGUUUUGGUCUGAGAGGUGCAUCAACCCUGUGUCAAUUGUUCUAUCCCAGGGAGAUGAAAUGCACUUUGUACCGAUACAUGAAGAAUUGAUACUACCAGUGACCGUGGGAGGAGAUUCAGCAUUUUACUCCUAUUCUCCUUGAUAAGGACACUCGGCUUAAAUGACCUCAUUCAGGUCAGAACAGUUAAAUACUGGACUGUUGACAUGGAUCAGUGAGGAUUAAACUGCUGUUAAGAAUGUGACACAUUGAUGGAAACUAAAACAUUGUGAGGACAGAAGUGGUACCAGUUUGUGGCAUCUGGUUAAAGAUGCAGAAUAAUGUGACCUUGAAGUAUAGUUCAUUUUUUGACCUUGACCUGGAAAGAGACUGUAAUGUAUAUUUGUGUUGAUGUGGUCAAAGAAAAAAAAAUUGUUACAUUGACAUGAAUUUUUUACUCAGUACCUGGCAGGGAUUGUUGUGUUUUUUUGUACUGGAUUUUGUUGAGAUACGGGUCAAGGGUCAAAGUGAUAAGUAUUACUGAGAAAGUGUUAUCGCUGUUGUUUUUACAGUUGGUUGUAUUAAAAAUGUGUACCUAUAUAAUAAAAGUAUUAUGGGUGUUGUAUAGUGUUAGGAUAUGUUGCUCUUGAAGCACAGUUGUUGUUGGACUGGUUCCCUUCUCCCGAUAAUCUCCAUGAUGUGUACUUUGUGUGUAAUUAGUGAAAGUGGACCAGUUAAAAAAAGAAGUGCAAUGAAGAUUUGAAUCAAACUGUUUUCCCUUGUUCCUUAUUACUGUUUUCUUACUUCAUAUAAAUGUAAUUUUUACUCAAACAAGACUAUGAUUAAAUCAAUUAACUUGUCAUUUGAAAGAGAAUUUGGUGUGGAGACAGCUAUUUGGAUAUGAAUAAGGAAAUUGGGUUUUAAAAAAAAAUCUUUUCUGAGAUAGAACAAGAUGCAGUUAUAUCAGAGUAAUAUUUUUUUUUUUUUUUUUUUUUUUGCUGAAUUGUUGUUAUAUUAUGGACACCAGCAUUAUAAGUGUAGUCACUUUCUGUGAAGACUCUAGAUCAGAAUUUUUAGUAUUGCAUGGUUUUCAAACAUGAAUGAAAAUUGUUAUAUAGUUUUUUUUCAUUUGAAUUGAUUUUUUUCUGUAAAAACUUGAUAUGUUAAAAAUUUAACUUUGAUACCAUUGAUAAUUUUCAUACAGAUUAAAAGCACAGCAACCUUCAUCUCAAUUGAUCCUUCUAAGGUUUUUUUUUGCAGUUAUGAGUAGCUGUGACCACACUAAAUUCUUAAAAUUCAUGUUCUGACAAUCAAUUUUGACCUGCAUGUUGCAUUGUUAUGGUUCACUUUUUAUAGUUAAACCAUUGUACAGUGUUCAGAUUUAUUUUUCUCUAAGUCAGUACAUAUAACAAUAUAUUGCAUAAAAGCAAAAUAUUUCAAGGGCUUAGAAAGAGCACUGGAAAGAAAAAGAUUCAACUAGGAAAGCUAAUUUAAGGAAAAAGAGAAGUGAGUAUCUUAUGCGACUACAAAAUGGCACACUUAAUUAGUAUGCAACUUAAUCUUUUUCAAAUGAAUUAAAUUAUUUUUAGGAAGGAAAAGUAGCAUUCUGAAUUGUUGCUGGUCUUGAAUAAGUAAGCAUAUAUUGAAAGAUCAUGUAAAAAUCAUUUUCUUAAAGGAAAAGGGUUUUGGUUUUAUUAAGUUUUGACAUGUACAUAGUUUUGUAUAUAUAUUUGUUAUUAAAUGCGCACAGGGACAUUUGAGUGAAAUUAGCUGCAAGUAAUUCAUUUCUUUUUGUCUCUGAAAAUGUAUGCCAACGUAAAGCCAGGAAAAUUUUAUUAGAUUGUAAUUAGCCUGCAACUUUUUUGUAGAUAUGUAAAGAACCUUGUUGAUUAGUGUAAUGAGAUGAGCUGUGAUAUAUAUUCACUGUAGCCUUUUUAGAAAGACAUCUUUUGGAAGAAAAAAUAUUAUAGGUGCUAUAUGAGUUUAUGAGUACUUGUAUUAUACAACAUUGUCAGUAAUAAAUCAGGGAAAACCUAAAGCAAAACAAAAGAAAAAUAUGAUUAAAUUGUAUGCAUGUGUAAACUACAUGUAGGUGAAUCAUUAACAACUUCUGUAUGUUUGACAACAUUUAUAAACAUUCAAGAGUAAAGCAGUGUUUAGAAAAUUUAUCAUGUUUGAUAAGUCAGAUGUUCCAUUAGUAUAGAUGUACCAAAUACUGUGAAAUCAGUAAUUUUCAAGGAGGAGGGGGGUGUCAAUUUUUAUUGUUUUUUGUGGUAUAAAAAGACAUGAAUUGAUUUAAUUCACAUCCCCCAUGAAAUGUCAAAAUUUCAUACUGCAAUAUCAUGUUUCAAUCACAAAAUCAAAUCCCCUUAAACAAGUAUUUUUUCUUCAAACCACAAAGAUUUGACCCCACAAAAAUAAGUGAAUUUUUUUUUUACAGUAUUCUUUUUAAAGAUCAAUGAAGUAAGUCCUCACAUAGAAUUUUUCAGAGGUAUGCAUGUUUUUAACACCACCUCCCCUUCCCUAUUUUCCCUCUCAAAAGAAACUUUUUUUUCCCCACCUAUCAUAAGUCCACAGUUUGCUCCAAAUGAAGUUUUUUGUAAUGCUUUUAUUUUGAAAAAAAAAUCCCUUCUGUCUCUCCUCUUUUCUAUUGUCUCUUAAUUUACAUGUUAGUAGAAGUAGCCAUGUCCUGUGUUUAGUGUUGAUAUGUAAGGUUUAGAUGAAAACGAACAGGUGCUGGUCACCUUUUUAACUUCUCUGUUUGUCCUUGUCUCUAUAGAAAUCAAAGAACGAAGACAUUGCAACAUUGUGUUUAGCUUUAAGUUAAAGAUACUAGUGGGUUUUUUU